AUGGAAGUGAAUUUUUGGAGUUACUUCUUCUUGAUUCAGUUUCUCGUGGCCUUAGAGAUAGACGGACAAGAUACAGGAAAAGGAUCUCAACGUACAGAUGAUAGAAAACUAUUUGAAGUUAAAGAUUACGAUACAAAACCGCUUGAUUCUUUAAUAAAUAACAAAAAUGAUGCGACUGAUUACUUGUUACCACCAAUUUUUGCCAGCCAUCAGGAAAUCGACGAAGAAGACGACAUUGAUGAAAAUACAUAUUUGGACUACUAUGAAAAUAAAUAUAAUUACAAAGACUCACCAGACCUCGCUACAGUUAAAAGUGAUAUGAAUCAAGAAUUGUUACCCGUAGAUGACAAAAUACCAUUACAUUCUGCUAAAGAUAACUUACCUAUUUUCUUAUUAGAGCCCGAAAAUACUUAUGUAGUGAAAAAUAAACCUGCGACCCUGAAAUGUCGUGCUGCUAACGCUCUAGAAGUAUACUUCAAAUGCAAUGGAGUCAAAACUCAGGCGAUCAACUUCGAAUUCGUGGACCCUCAAACAGGAGUGCGGAUUAUCGAAGGAGAAUAUGAGAUUACGAGAGAAAGCGUCGAGGAAUAUUUCGGUGGUGAUAAAUACCAGUGCUCAUGCUUCGCUUGGACCAGCCGGGGGCAUAUAAGGAGUCAGCCGGCUUCCAUAGAGCUUGCCUACAUCAAGAAGCAUUUUACUCAAUCGCCACAAUCUCAAAUGGUGAAGCAGUAUUCUUCAGUGACGUUCAGUUGCGACCCGCCUCCAGCUGCACCUUUCGCUCAAAUGUACUGGCUCAAGAAUGGCUCCCCAGUGGUUGUUGAUGACAAUGUCCAGAUCACAAAGGAGGGUUAUUUGGUCAUCAAACAAGCUUCUUUGCUGGACAUGGCAAAUUAUACGUGUGUCGCUGAAAAUUUAGUUGGAAAACGCAUAUCUGAACCAGCACAAUUAAAAGUUAUAGUGAAUGGUGGUUGGACUACCUGGUCUGGCUGGAGCGAUUGUUAUUGUGUUGGUCGGGAAGGCAGCGAUCGACGUGCCGGAAGAAAACGGGAGAGAUCUUGCACGGCACCUCCGCCAUUACACGGAGGACAGCCCUGUACUGGGCAAGAAGUGCAAAAGACUAAAGAUUGUUUAGAUUGUGAUUUAGAUUUAUAUGACGAUGGUCUUGAUGGAUUAGCUGACGAAUCUACAGAUAUUUUAUUAGACCGCUGGACCCAAUGGUCAGAGUGGUCUGAUUGUGACACUGACUGCCUGAAAACAAGGAGUCGGCGAUGUCUCAACAACAUCAGGAAGCCUUGCUCGGGCACUAAUUAUCAGGUCGCUCAAUGUACCGUCUGUGUGAGGACAUCUAAGUCCGCAUUCAUCAAUGAUGGAUCUUCAUAUUGGCCACUUCUGAUAGCAUUGUCGAUUGCUUUCCUAAUAUUUGUUGUUGUUGUUAUAUUGGGAAUCAAAUAUAUGAAAUUGAAAAUGACUGAGAACUCACCUUACGUAAAACCUCCUACGGGUACAAAUUAUUUUGGGAAUGUGAUAAAAAGAACACUAACUAAUCAACCAGACUUGACGAUUCAUGAAGAAUUCCAUACAGUUGAUUCGAGACGAACAAGAAGGCAUACGGGAACAUCUACAAAUGCAAAGAAUGAACAUCUCUACGAAGUACCACAAUUGGCUAACAGUUAUAUGUCCCCUAUCGACCACGAGGUAAGGCUUUCUAGGAACAGCGAACGCACCGCUUGCAAGGGCACACUCGGCUCAGAACGCUCUGACUCUAGUUGCUUCUUAAGCUCAGGAUCAUCGUACGGUAAUGAAUGUGUAGAAAUGACUCCCUCGCUCAGAAACAAAACAUCUCUGGACUCAAAGUUUCUGAAUCAUCAACAUAUCGAAACGGCUAUGUCGAAAAUCUUAACAAGUGAAGGUGGAUGGCUUAGUCUCACCAAAUGUGGUGUUGGUUUGUAUGUACCCGAUGGUGUGGUGGAUAGUGAAGAGCUAUUCUCCAUUGAAGUUGUCGACGACGAGUGGAAUACUCCGACAUUACAGGAAGAUGAGACGCAGCUGAGCCCGGUGAUCAGGUGCGGUCCAAAGAACCUCCACUUUCGAAAGGGUGUUGUUCUGACUUUCCCCCACUAUAGCUCUCUGAAAAAUACAAGCUGGCUUCUUUCUAUUCUACAAAGAUCAGAUGAAAUCACCACUAAAGAAUGGAGAAAAGUCCUGACACUAGGCCAGGAAACACCUGGUACUCCAAUAUUUGCACAAGUCGAUCCUUCUAAAGUGUACUUAGUGUGCGAAUUCUUAAACGAUUUUGUUCUGAUUGGCCGAAGUUUCAGCGGCCUGGAUACUAAGGUCUUGAAAUCUGCAAUAUUCAUGGCAAAAACUUUUGAGAGCAGCGUUUACAAUUUAAAAGUUCAUGUGUUCUGUGAUACUCCAUACGCGUUUUAUAAUUGCUUGGAAAAUGAAAAAAAAGUGGGCUCUUCGCUAUUAUGCGAACCAAAGACUAUUUAUUUCCAACAGAACUGUUCCGAUUUGUGUUUUAACGUCAGAGAAGUGGGCGUCGGAUGGAAACUGCAAGGUGGCAAUUAUCAAGAGUUGUCGUAUUCCCAAAUCUGGAAAAUGAACAACAAAUCUGUGCACUGUGUUUUUACGAUGCAACAGACAGAUUCUAUCAAUUGCUUGGAACUCAAUUUGUGCGUCUAUCAAAAACAGAAACAAUCUAACUCUGUUAGUUUCAACCUUAAAGCAAACGAUUUGAAUUCAAACUUUAGUUGUAGCAAGCGAUUUAGCUGUUCUAGUGUUGAGAUGGGGUAUUCCAUAAACAUUGUAGAGAAUCCUUUCAAUUACUCAUCUUUGACUAAGAAGGACGGUUGUUACGACUUCGUUUAUAAAAACAGUGCUAUGUACAGAAGUAACUUUAGUGCAGAGAAUAGCUACAGAACAAACGUACUGACUAAAUCUGAUAAGGUUAUUCUUUGUAAACUUUUAGAUUCGCAAACGAAUAAAGGUAAUGAUUGGAGAUUACUGGCUGAGAAGUUAAAGAUUUCAUCUUACUAUUAUUAUUUUUCUAAUACUUGCUCACCGACAGAGAAUAUUUUGUCUCUUUGGUUGUGUCGGAAUAAUGAUGCCAACAUGCUUAUUAAUUUAUCUAGAAUAUUCAGAGAGAUGUCUAGAGUUGAUUGUGCAACCGUUGUUGAAAGGAGAUGUUUUCCUAAUUAA